AUGGAUCAAUAUAAAAGUGAACAACAACAACAACAACAACAAGUUAUAGAUAAACUAGAGAAUCUAACAUUGAAUAAUGUUGAUAUUACACCAUCAUUCACAGUGAGCAAUCCAAAUGUAUCAGCUGCUGCUUCAUCAUACAUCAAUAAUGAUGAUCAUGUCAGUGGUUUGAGUGCAAGUUUAGAGAUAUCUAUGGAUGGUGUUGAUGUUACCGGUGCUGGAAGUGGCAGUGGUGUUACAUCGGAGAAUUGGUUCGACACCAUUGCAAAGUACAGAGAUAAUUCGCAUGACUUGUUGAUGGCUGCACUUCAUCCACAGUAUGAUCUGGCACAAUACUACGAUACGAACAACAUGCUCGCCAACAAAGUUGCUGCACCUCAUACACUCGAUCAAUCGGUGUUGUUUGCAUCGUACGCACUGCCGAAUCGCAUGGAGAUGCUGAACAACUCGCAGCUACCGAUGGGCUUAUUGCUAUCGCCAUUCGAUCGGCCAGUGCUCACACCGAAAUCCACUGAUUUCUACCCACCGUCAUGCUCGAAAUGUCAUGCCUAUAUCAACAUCUAUUGUAAGCUUGAGAAGAAACAAUCGCAAUCAUCACAAUCUGCAUCUUCAUCAUCAUCGUCAAUUUCAUUACAUGGUAAUCCUUAUUGGAUUUGUGCAGUUUGUAGACAUAGCAAUCCGAUUGACUCUGGUACGAAAGGUGUUCGUUCUAUAUGGGAAGUCAAACAAGGAUUGGGAUGGUGGGCAACCGACCACUUUCAAACAGUAUUGCAAUCGGAUCACUACGAUAUCAAGAAGAGAAAGAAGUUCAAUACGACAAUAACAACUACUGUUCCAACCGAUCCAAUCUCUUCACCACAACACAAUGAAUCGGAUUCGAUUUCAACCGUGAUUGAUAAUGGUAGUGGUAGUGUUGUCACGGAUGUAAAUACAGCAACAACUACAGCGUCAACUGUUGCACCAAACAGUCCACAAAGUUUUGCAAAACACCCAAAUAUUGUAUCACUCUACGAGAUGUCGUCGUCGUCCAACUUGUUCUCCGCUGCCAAGGUGAUCUACGGUGCUCAAGAAAAAGAUGUUUCUCGAAUCGAUUCAAGCGGGUGGCUUGCAAAAGUUUCAACAGAACUUCCAAUCGCUCAUGGAGACGGCCGCUCAGUUUGCAUCGUCGUCGGUUCACUCGGUGUCGUCGCUUGGCGUCGCAAUAGAGUGUGCUCUGACACUGGUGAACGCAUCCACUGCAAACAGUGGACGUAUCUUUGUGUUCCUACAUCAGGCACCAAACUUUGGACCGGGUUCGAUCCAGAUAGUGGAAUAUAUAGUAGAUUGGAUAUUCAUUGUCCUGAACAAGUUAAUCUUACACAUUUGAUUGGACCAACUACAAAGGUGAAUGAACAGCAAUUGUUUAUCAGUGAUAUAGAGAAUAAGAGUACGAGUGGAUUCUGUAGUGUUUCCGUGGAGCUGACCAAUAUGCAACAGGAUGUGGCACUGUCGAUCUUCUUUGAACUCCAAGAGGAUAUUCCACAGGACUAUCUCUACUUUCAAUUCGUGGUGCACCUACUCGACCACUCAGAGAAUAGAAUACUCAGAGUGAUUACAAAGAGAAUCAAAACCACUGGUAACUUUAACAGAUUCAUCGAUUCAUUGGAUCUCAAUGUUUGUUCAGUUCUAUUCUCAAAGAAAUUGAUUUUAGAUUCCAUCAAAUCAUCAUCAUCAAACUCUGACCAAGAUGAAUAUUUCAAUUUUUAUGAUAGAUUUGAUAAGCAAUUAAAGUCAAUUAGUCAGAAAUGUUCAAAUAUAGAGAAAGGAUGGUUUAGAAAUACUGUUACUAUUCCAGAUACAAUUAAACAAUUUAUUAAAAAGAUGUAUUUAGUUAGAGAAGGUGUAUUAUUUGGAUCAAUCAUUCAGAAUAACGAUGAUUUCGAAGUUUUGUCAUCGUUGUUUAUCAAUACCAAUUUUACUGACUCCAUGAGAAUAAUGUUACCAAAGUUAAUUCAAUCAGACCAGUCAGAACAACUAAUAGAGAUUUCACCAAAGAUUGAUAGUUUAACAAAUGAUAGAGUUUUAAUAUAUGAUGCACAAACACAUAUCUAUUUGUUUAUUGGUUCAUCUAUUUCACAUGACAGCUCAGCGGUAAUGAAUGCUCGUAGUUUUAUUGAGAAUCAAAUCAUUCAUAGAGUUCCACUUCCAUAUAUUAUAACAUUUAAUGAAAAUGAACAUGAUAUAAGAUGGUUAAAGGCAAGACUACAAGACGGUAACAUGGAAGAUGAAAAAUAUUAUCAAACAAUUACAAAAUAA